AAGUUUUCAUCAUCAUGCACUAAAAACACAUUAUAUAAGCAUAUGCUCAUGAACAUUUUAAACAUAAGCCUCAAGACAAACACAAUCUUCCUUUGAAAAAUGUCACAUAUUCUCAAUGAUAUUGCAUCCCAAGAAUAUGAAAAAUUUGAAGUAAAGUUCAUUAAGAAAAGUGUUGUAAAAGCUCUCAAUCAUUUUCCAAAGCCAUUUUCAGUGAUUAAUCUCUCAAAUCUUGAUCUACUUUCUGGUCGUUUUCCAGUUACAUACUUGUAUUUCUACAAAAAACCAAAACUAGGUAACUUCAAAUCUUUUGUUAACAAUCUUAAAACUUCUCUAGCACAAAUACUUAAUCAUUACUAUCCCUUUGCUGGCCACAUUGUUCAAAAUCAUAAAACCGACGAACCUCAAAUCAUUUGUGACAACAAUGGUUCAUUAGUCAUUGAAGCUCAAGUAAAUGUUCCACUAAGAAAUUUAGAUUUUUAUAAUCUCAAUGAAACUCUUGAAGAAAAGAUAGUCUCAAUUGAACUAGAUUUCCCUUUACAAAUUCAGGUAACAGAAUUUACUUGUGGUGGAAUUUCAAUAGCAUUUACUUUUGAUCAUGCAUUAGGUGAUGCAACUUCAUUUGGUAAAUUCAUUUCAUCUUGGUGUGAAAUAGCGCAAAAUAAACCGUUAUCAUGCAUACCGAACCAUAAAAGAAACCUUUGCGCGCGUUCGCCCCUCAUAUACCAACCUUAUUUGGAUCAAAUUUUUAUCAAAUGCACCAUGGAAGAGAUACAAAAUAUGAAAAUGAGUAAAAAUAUUUCACUUAAACGUCUUUAUCAUAUCGAUGCUUCGAGUAUUAAUAUGCUGCAGAGGCUUGCUUCUGUUAAUGGUAUCAAGAGAACAAAGAUUGAAGCUUUCUCUGCCUAUGUAUGGAAGAAAAUGAUAAACACAGUUGAUCAAAAACUUUAUAAAAAAUGCAAGAUGGGUUGGUUAGUAGAUGGAAGAGAAAGAAUGAGUGUAAGCAAAAAUUCAAUGUCGAAUUACAUCGGUAAUGUAUUGUCUUUGGCUUUCGGUGAGGCAAGGAUUCAAGAAUUGAAGGAAGGUUCAUUAUCAGACAUUGGUGAAAUAGUUCAUGAUGCAAUUUCAAAGGUUAGUAAUGAGGAACAUUAUUUGGAUUUGAUUGAUUGGAUUGAGUUUCAUAGGCCAGGUUUGAUGCUUGCAAAGGCGGUGUUAGGACAGGAUGAUGGACCUGUCUUGGUGGUUUCUUCAGGACAAAGGUUUCCUGUUAGUGAAGUUGAUUUGGGAUUUGGAAGUCCAUUGUUAGGGACAGUGUAUACCUCAAUUGAAAGGGUUGGUGUUGGUUAUAUGAAUCAAAGGCAAAGUGGCAAGGGUGAUGGUUCAUGGACUGUUUCAGCUAUAUUGUGGCCUGAAUUAGUAGAUGCUUUGAAGGAUGAUCCAAUUUUUCAGCCCAUGACUGCUUCUUAUCUACAGCUUUAGUACAAUGCAUAUGUAGCAUCAACACUUCGAAUUGAAGGUGUGUCCGAUACAUGUGUUUACAUUCAAUUAUUACGUAUUCUCAAGUUAUUGCAAGUGUUGUUAUUAACGUGUCAGUGUCGUGUUCUAUACUUGUGGCUGUAUCAGUGGUUCGUAGCAGUGCAAUGUCAUUUAUGUAUCUUUUGUUGGUAGUAGUAGUAUAUUAGUUAUGGUGAACCUGAAUCCUUAAAAUUGUAUUUAUGUUUAUUUUGACGGAGACAUGUCCAU